AUGUCCGGGCCCUCAGAGCAGAAGCGUGCGCGUGUCGUGCAGCUAUACUGCCCCGAUCACGAGGUCACAGUCGACAACUUCAUAAUCACGCCUUCGAUGGCACACAAAGACGUCGUCACCGCCAUUAUGGCUGCCUUCCGUCGGUACAAGAUCAAGGAGGCUUGGCCAUGCGACAUCAACGGUGAGCCGCUCUUCGCCAACGCGGAUUGCCCGUCCACCCUCGACGAUGUCGUCGAUGGCGAGCGUCUCCUCAUCGCCCUAGAUAAUGAUUCGCCCAUCUACCCCGAGCCGCCGCUCGAAGUGGUGCUCUACCUCGACGGCGACGACUUGCCCAAGCCGCUUCGUAAGAUGUCUCGCGAAGACCGCCGCAACCACAUCCGCACUCUUCGUCGCCGCGACGCUGUUCUGCGCAAGAACAUCCUCCGUCUCAACCUUCCUCACAUGGAGGUCAUGGCCGCACUCAAUAUCCUCGCCAGCGCCAACGCCCGCACCUUGAAGGCCCGUUUCUCUGUCACCCAGUCCAAGCGCAUCAUUCAAGACAACUGGCGCGUGAACGAGGUCCAAGCCCUCGAGCUAAAGUGCCUUGCCACCAUGGCCAUCCUGAGCCAAGCCACUUGCGGUCAGCCUCUUCUCGCCGAGAAUGCUAUGUUCGAUGCGAAGUUGGCUCGUCGUAGUGCAGACGCAUCCGCGCCGCGUGACUUGCAGGAGGAGGACGUACAGAAGGUCAUCGACGACUUUUACCAGGCUGCGAAUGCCAUCGGUUCGGACUGGCCUGACGACGACGACAACGCAGCCAUCGCUGCGCGUCAGGGCAAGAAUGCGCGUCAUCAGUCUGGCAAGUUCAAGGCGAGAAUGGCACAGCAGGACAUGGUGGAUGAAGAGGAAAUGGGCGAAGAGGCUGCUGCGGUUGCGAACCCUGGAAAGGGCAAGGGCAAGGGCAGGUCCGUGGACUAUCUUGCCGGCAAACUGAGCAAGACGAGAAUUCCGGACAACAGGGCUCCUGAGGCUGAUUCGGAUGACGACGACGACGAUGCUGUAAGGCAGCCUGGACGUAUGCGCCGCAACUAG